AUAACCUAAGCUUUCAUAAUACUUUUCCCGCUAUUUUUUCCUACCUAUCUUGAAAUGGACUUUAUUCAUUUUUGUAAAAGCAAAAUUUUAAAAAAAGACUUACUAAACUAAAUCUUCAUACAAUCAUACUGCUGGUUUAAUUCACUGAGAAGAUUGACAUCAAUCAAGACGAUCGAGGGAGAAGAAAUGAAGUGGCGAAAGGAGAUGCUAGAUGUGAUAUUGGUACCAGCAGGGCUGUUGAUGAUGUUUGGAUACCAUAUAUUCCUUGUAUACAGAUACCUCAGAAAUUCGAAGUGUACUGUUGUUGGCUUUCAUAAUCACUGUCAAAAAAUAUGGGUUAAGAAACUCAUGCAGGUUGAUGCAAUGAGUAGAGGUCCAGCUUUUACAGUAAUGAACAGCACGAUAGUAGCAUCGAAUUUCAUGGCAUCCACCUCUUUAACCCUGAGUUCUUUGAUUGGCGCAUGGAUCGGAAGCUCCUCAAGCAGUGAAAUAAUCAAGAGAAUAAUCUAUGGAGAUGCAGGAGUACCAAUCACUUCCAUCAAAUACAUCAGCAUCCUCUUGUUUUUCUUGCUUGCUUUCGCGUCUUUUGUCCAAUCUUCUAGGUGUUAUGUGCAGGCUAAUCUCUUCUUAAGUAUGCCAAAGGCAGGGGUCCCUGAAGAAUUCAUCGUCGAGUCUUUGUAUCAUGGUGCGAAUUUCUGGCAGGUCGGUUUAAGGGCGAUUUAUUUUGCUAUAACAAUGUUGAUGUGGAUAUUUGGUCCGAUUCCUAUGUUUCUUUCCUCAGUUGCAAUGGUGGCGGUUUUGUAUGUUCUCGAUGUUAAUAAGAAGAUACUGGAUGAGUUUAACGAGUCAAGCGAAAAAGAAGAGGAGAGAAACAAAACUGUGCCCAAGUGUUUUGAGCAGGAGGGAAUAAUGGUUGAUUGUAGUUCUGAACUUCAAGCUACUGCUCUUACCACAGCGCUGAUGUCUACUACUGUUGCAUUCUAAAUGAAAUAAUUGUUUGUUCCUUAGCUAUGCUACACCAUUUGUGAUAGUUUAUAACUCCUUUUUAUAAAGUCAAUAAUUGUGAAUUGUAUUAUGUGAGAUUUUGUUAUAUUCUGAAUUUUUUUGUAAGGUCAAAAAUUGUAAACUGAACCAGCAUACAAAAUCUGCACCUGAUAAAGCUGCUAUUCUGUA